UUCGACUCGGCAUUUAAAUUGAGCUGCAGGACAUCAGCUGCUGCUACAUUCAGCGUCGUACUGUGACAGAAAAUAAGCCGUAGUGCUAGCUUGAAAGGCUACUCGUUAUAUUUGACACGAAAGCGGCAGGACUAAUUGUUAGUCCGGAGAAGCUCUGCGGUGUUUUGUGGGCAGAGGAGCGGGAGCGGUUGAACAAUAACGGCGGUUGCUCUUUGACAGCAGCACGGUCCAUCAUAUUUGGGAUUUCUAUGCUAGCUGCUGGACGAAAUUGAAUAGCGGUAACGUGAUGUUUUGCAUGAGCAGCAUGAUUUAGGCUUUUUGGACAGUGUCUGUUUGCUAAAAUAGAUCUGUAAACAAAAACAAAGUAAUUGAAUGUGGUGUUUUUGGCCCAGGAGUUGAGGUGGCCUGGACCUUGGAGGACCGUUAGACUCCCUAUAUUUGCAGGGUAAAUUUUAAAUUCAGUUAGUGAUAUCAAGCUAUGUUUAAUAUUUUUUCCUCAACUUUAGACACAAUUAAAAACAUUAUAUUUUGAAACAGUGUUAACUUGGGGCAGGAUAUAACACUAGGAGAAACGUCAAUAUUAUCAGUAACAACAGUCAAUAUCCAUUCAGUGUUUAUUUAAAAUAUAUAUAUAUAUAUAUAACCUGUGUGAAACACAUUUUUUUAAUCAAUUUUUUUUUAGAAAUUUAGUUUGACAUUAUUUUGUCAGCUUUACUUCCCAAACAACUUCUGGAAAAGUUUGAACACAAAGCUCUUUAUGCGUCAUAUGAGAGGAAAUAUCCCCCUCUGCUUGACUUAAAAACAAGUUUACAACCCCUCCAGGACAUAACAAACAAAAGCAUCUUUUGCCAGUUCUGCCGUUUGGUAGCUCCAUUAGUCCAAACAAGACCCCAGCAAAAAUGUUCAGCUGGCUUGGGACUGAUGACAGGAGGAAGAAGGAGCCAGAAGUCUUUCAGACUGUCAGCGAUGGACUGAAGAAGCUGUACAAAACCAAACUCCUGCCACUGGAGGAGAGCUACAAGUUCCACGAGUUCCACUCCCCAGCCCUGGAGGAUGCAGACUUUGACAACAAACCCAUGGUCCUACUGGUGGGACAGUACUCUACUGGCAAGACCAGCUUCAUACGCUACCUGUUGGAACAGGAUUUUCCUGGAAUGCGGAUCGGCCCUGAACCCACCACGGAUUCUUUCAUUGCGGUGAUGCACGGCGACACAGAAGGUGUCAUCCCUGGCAAUGCAUUAGUUGUUGACCCAAAGAAGCCCUUCAGAAAGCUGAACGCGUUUGGAAAUGCAUUCCUCAACAGGUUUGUGUGUGCCCAGCUGCCUAACCCGGUGCUGGAGAGCAUCAGCGUGAUUGACACACCAGGGAUCCUGUCAGGGGAGAAACAGAGAAUAAGUCGAGGCUAUGACUUUGCGGCUGUCUUGGAGUGGUUUGCAGAGCGAGUGGACAGGAUCAUAUUGCUGUUUGAUGCCCACAAAUUGGACAUCUCUGAUGAGUUUUCAGAGGUGAUAAAGGCCCUGAAGAACCACGAGGACAAGAUCAGGGUUGUGCUGAACAAAGCUGACCAGAUAGAGACCCAGCAGCUGAUGAGAGUUUAUGGAGCCCUGAUGUGGUCCCUGGGGAAAAUAGUCAACACCCCUGAGGUGAUCCGUGUCUACAUUGGGUCCUUCUGGUCCCACCCUCUGCUGAUUCCAGACAACAGGAAGCUGUUUGAAGCAGAGGAGCAGGAUUUAUUCAAGGACAUUCAGUCUUUACCGAGGAACGCAGCCCUCCGAAAACUCAACGAUCUGAUAAAGAGGGCCAGACUAGCUAAGGUCCAUGCUUACAUCAUCAGCUCCCUAAAGAAAGAGAUGCCCUCUGUGUUUGGGAAGGAGAACAAGAAAAAAGAACUGAUCGCCAGCCUUGGAGAUAUUUACAAACGCAUAGAAAGAGAGCAUCAGAUAUCACCUGGAGAUUUUCCUAAUCUGAAGAAGAUGCAGGAUCAACUUCAAGCUCAAGAUCUAACCAAAUUCCAGCCUCUGAAGCCCAAACUCUUGGAGACAGUGGAUGACAUGCUUGCUAACGACAUUGCCGGCUUAAUGGUCCUGGUCCGUCAAGAGGAAACCCAGCGUCCUAACCCGGUCGUGAAGGGUGGUGCAUUCGAUGGCACUUUGGACGGCCCGUUCGGACACGGGUACGGUGAAGGAGCAGGAGAGGGCAUCGACGAAGCAGAGUGGGUAGUUGCACGUGACAAGCCUGCUUAUGAUGAGAUCUUCUACACAUUAUCUCCUGUCAAUGGGAAGGUGACGGGAGCCAACGCCAAGAAGGAGAUGGUGAAGUCGAAACUGCCCAACACAGUGCUGGGAAAAAUCUGGAAGCUGGCAGAUAUCGAUAAGGAUGGGAUGCUGGAUGAUGAGGAGUUUGCAUUGGCAAAUCACCUGAUUAAAGUGAAACUAGAAGGACAUGAACUGCCAUCAGAACUGCCUGCACACCUGGUGCCUCCUUCCAAGAGGAAAAUACCAGAGUAAAUCUAAGAUCAUACUCCCAUCUGACCCCAGAGCCUGUAAGUAGACCCCCUCCUCCUAGUGAUAACAACCCCCUUUAAAAUAUGAAUCUUCAUGUAGCAUUACUGCAAAAAACUACACAUUACCAAUUUCUUCAGCUGUGUUGAUGGCAUCUCAGCAUUUUAACUGGUCUUUCAAGUGGCAAACAAAGAAAAGAUUCGGUCACACUCUGGAAAUAUAAUAGUUGUUUUUGCUGCUGUGCUGAAAAGGCUCAAGCAGAGUACAAAAACUGAAUCUCAAGCAACAUGUCCUCCUCCUUUAUUCAGGGUGAGAUAUGGAGACUAGUUAGGAAGAUUGUUAGAGAGAGGAUAGAAAAGAUGAUAGUUAAAAAUAAUGAAAGAAACACUGGAAUAUAGAGAAAUGUGAGCUGAUCUAAACUACUGGGAUUAAGUGGAAGAGAUGCAACAAUGUGAAGACAAAAAGAGAACUAUGCUUAUUUUGUCAUAGACAUAUACGAUGUAAAUAAACCAAAUCCCAGAUAAAAUAAUAAGAAAUACUAAUGAAUUAUUAUAUGUAGUAAAUGCAGCUUGACUGCAUUAUUCACCAAACUUCUCACUAAACUUUUACCUUGAGGUUCCUGGCACAUUUACAGUUGGUUUUCUGAAGUUUGUCUCAUGGUGAUUUAUUAUAAACAGCUACAGAAACUGUGCAGCACACACACAAAACAAGGGAAUACAGCCAUGGUUACUAUGGUUGUAUGUUUGUAAGCAGAGGAAAGAAAAUGGAUCGAAUUUGCAAAUUUUAAUAAACAAAAUUCGAUAUCCUUAGACGAUGUUAGAUGUGAUAUUUGGAUGUUAGUGUUUGUGUGAGUUUCUGUGUAACUGGAUCACCUUUAACUGUAGCAUUGGGUUAGGCCUUUUGCCAUGAAGAAAGAAAAUGUUUCUCUAAUGGAAAACAAGCAAGACAGCAUAGCAGUUUGUUUUUAAAUAGGAUAUAAUAACACACUCAACUCACAGUAUGAUAUAUGUCAUAUACUGGGUUUACAACAUGCUUUUAUCAGGAUUUUCUUUCAUAGUUAAACUUUAAUGAACUUGAAUGAAAAUAGUUUUUUUAUUUCAGUUCUGCUAACAAUAUUGGAAAAUAUCCUUGUUGUCAUUUUUCGUCUUCGUUGAAGUUGAGUUAUAUCUAAAAGAAAAUCUCCAAGGCCCCGUCUCAGUGUCCACUCUUCCACCAGAGGAUUUUCUUUGAAAUGCACAUUUGUUGAAAGUGUACUUAGGGUGUAAGUUUGCAAGAGACCAAAAAUAUUACAGAGCCACUUCACUCUCAAAUCCCAUGAUUUUGGUCAGUCCCCCAAAAGACACUAGUUCACCCAUUAUAUCAUUUUGCAGUGUUGCCCUUACUUUCAAUUUACAGACUUGUUUGAUAAUGUUACGGCCAUUAUAACAUGCUCAUAUCCAUGGAUAGAGGUGAUUCUGAGCCUCUCAUUUCUAGCCCUGAACUUCAAAUUAAAUGUAAGCCGUGUUUGGGUGAGCCACAGCUUCACGUCAGAUUAUGUUUUGAUACAUACAUCAGUGUCAAUUAUAAGAAAUCCCUUCUCAAUCCCUUGACGUCACUCGUCUCAGCUUCCCGAAACAACCAUUUUGUUUCCCCAUAGCUGUUUGAAGCUUCACAGUACUACAGGGAUAUUGUGUUAUAGUCUUAAGCAGACGGAGGUCUGUAGGUUGAGUUCUACUGUCGUACAGUGCCAUGCUGCUUAGGCCGAAUGCUUAUACUGUAAGGGGCUAAAGGGCAAAAGUGUGGAUAUUGGGACAAGGCCAAAAUCUUCAUUUGUUUUGUCAUUUAUAAGCUUCCUUUUCAGCAUCUAAUGUUGGAUAGAGAAGCCAAAAGCAGGUAGUUCCCCUUAUUUUUUCAUUUAAAUUGUACAAAUUUGUAUUGGUCUUGAAAUUGUUUCACAAGGUAUCAUUGCAUCCAUAACUCUUAACUCUAAAUAACACAUACCUGAUAUGAAAUACUAUGACUGGUGAUAUAAAAUAAAUAGACUGGCUGAUGUUUGGACAUGAGCAUAAAAACAUAUUUGAAUUUGAUCUCAUUUGUUUGCUGGCACAUCCUAACUCUAGUAUGUGUGCAAAUGAUCACAUGUAUCAGUGUUAUUUGUAUGAAGUCCACAGUACACAGCCCGCUGAGGCAGAAGUAUUCCAGGGGUUAUUCACUGAAAUGUAUUUAAUCCAAUCUAACCUGGAAGUACAGAGAGUGAACACACAACUUUGUGCUUAUUUUGUGAUGCUAACAAAAAGCUAAUUGACACAUUUCUUAAGUGAAUGAAAUUAAGCUUUUGAUUAUUUCACUUUUAAAUUGUACACAUGUAAGAAGUGUAAUCCCUCUUCCCGAUGUUUUUGAUUUACUGUAGCAACAUGCCAGUAUGUAUGUAUGAUUGUAUAUGAACUUCAUGUUAAGCAUUGAGAGCUAUAAACAGAAGAUGCAACACAGAACUAACUCCAUUGGGUUUCUAUGUGAAAACCUCUUUUUCUGAGUGAAGCAAUGUUUGCCCAGUUUGAGUUACAGAACAGAGAAUAUUUCCAGUUUUCUUAGCCCCUCCUCGUGUCUCUGUGAUGUUACUGUGAAUCUACUGUACAUAGUAAAAACUGUUUGCAUUCCAUGAACACCCCACAGAAAUCAUGUGCAUCAUCUUUGAUGCUUUGCUAGCUCAGAUUUCAUAGACAAGCUAGUUCAGAUUAACAAGAUUCUUGGAUUCUCUGCAAAACAAAGCCCUUCACAUAAAAAAAGUUAUCCUCAUUCUUCUGACUCAACAUGAAGUCCUGUGAACUGGAGAAUAAACGCAGACUGCUGUUUCAGUGUCAUUUCUGUUCUUAGAUGGUUAUGCAUUGCAGAAUCUGUACUUCACUGCUUUACUGUCAACAUAUUCCACAGUCUAAAAGUGUAAUAAAAAAAUGUACUCUA